AUGGAGAACUUGGUGUCUGGCUCCAACCUUCCUCCUCUUUUUACAGAUGAAGGUGGAGCUAAGGAGGGUAGUGAAAUUGCUGUAACUGGACUAGCUCAUUCUGAGAGUUCAUUCAGUGGUGGAACUUCACAGUCUGUGAAUAACCCAGAAUUGGUGGAAGAUUUGUCACAGGUCCAACAGCUUCCAAAUGAGUCCUCUAAUACUGCUGAAAACACUGAGCAGAAGCCUGAAGAGGAGCAGCAAAGAACUAAACGAGGAGGCUGGGCCAAAGGGAGAAAGAGGAAGAAACCCCUCAGGGACACCAAUGCCCCGAAAUCCCCCCUCACAGGGUAUGUGCGAUUCAUGAAUGAGCGUAGGGAGCAGCUUCGAGCGAAGAGGCCUGAAGUCCCUUUCCCAGAGAUCACCAGGAUGCUGGGCAAUGAAUGGAGUAAACUGCCUCCUGAGGAGAAACGGCGAUACCUUGAUGAAGCAGAUAGAGAUAAGGAGCGUUAUAUGCGGGAACUGGAGCAGUAUCAGAAGACUGAAGCCUACAAAGUCUUCAGCAGGAAAGCACAGGACAGACAAAAAGGCAAAUCACACAGACAAGAUGGAGCAAGGCAACCGGCCCAUGAUCAUGAGAAAGAAGCAGAUACAAAGGAGAGGUCAGUUUUUGAUAUUCCAAUUUUCACAGAAGAGUUCCUGAAUCAUAGUAAAGCCCGUGAAGCUGAGCUGCGGCAGCUGCGCAAGUCCAACAUGGAGUUCGAGGAGAGAAACGCUGCUCUGCAGAAGCACGUGGAGAGCAUGCGCACUGCUGUGGAGAAGCUGGAGGUGGAUGUGAUCCAGGAGCGCAGCCGCAACACCGUGCUGCAGCAGCAUCUGGAGACCUUGCGUCAGGCCCUCACUACCAGCUUUGCUGGAGUUCCGCUACCAGGUAGUGGGGAGACACCCACACUGGAGACGAUCGAUUCCUACAUGAAUAGACUGCACAGUAUUAUUAUGGCCAACCCACAGGAGAACGAGAACCUCAUAGCCACAGUGCGAGAUGUGGUAAACAGGCUUGAACGCUAG